UUUAGGAUAUAAUACACGGCUCCUCUUCCGGACACGUUAUUGUUGCAUCAGCAUCCAACCAUCAAACACUGUGGCAAUGUCGACCUCAGGAGAACCAGCCUUUGAGUAUGGCUUCUUGCUUCAGAUAAAUGAGGAGGCCGCGCUGGCAGUGGCCCUGAAUGACUACCUAACCUCACGCAGCUACCUGGCGGGGUUCACCCCCUCCCAGGCCGACGAGAAAGCCUUUAAGCUCCUCCGCAGACCCCCAGAUUCACAACAUGUCCAUGCUCUGCGCUGGUACAGACACAUAGCAGCCCUGCAGCAGGACCUCAACACAAACAGCAGCAUCAAAGGGAAGCGGGUGCAGCCUCCGUGGUCUCCCCCGGCAGGAACAGACGUCCCUCAGCUCAGACUCUACAACAGCCUGACCAGAGCCAAGGAGCUGUUUGUUCCUCAAAAAGGGAACAAAGUGACCUGGUACUGCUGCGGACCUACAGUGUAUGAUGCCUCACACAUGGGACAUGCCAGAUCCUACAUAUCUUUUGAUAUUCUGAGAAGGAUACUGAAGGACUACUUCAAAUAUGACGUCCUCUAUUGCAUGAACAUCACAGACAUAGAUGACAAAAUUAUCAAACGGGCUCGGCACAACUACCUUCUGGAACAGUACAAAGAGAAGAACCCACAACCGACCCAGAUCCUGGAGGAUGUCCUGACUACCAGAGGGCCCUUUAAGGACUAUUUGGCUUCGACCACAGACCCAGAUAAGAAGCAGAUGCUGGAGCGGCUGGAUGCUGCAGUUACUGCUGCAUUAGAGCCAUUACAGGCAGCAAUGAACAGCAAAGCAGCAGAUGACAUGGUGCAGCCUCUGGCCCAGACGUUACUGGAGAGCGCCAAGGACUUGCUGUCCGAAUGGUUGGACAAGCAGUUUGGAAGUCAAGUGACAGAGAACUCCAUCUUCUCUAUUCUCCCUAAAUACUGGGAGGGAGAGUACCACAAGGACAUGGAUGCACUGAAUGUUCUUCCUCCUGACGUUCUCACUCGGGUCAGUGAGUAUGUGCCUGAGAUUGUGGAAUUUGUGGAGAAGAUCAUCUCUAAUGGUUAUGGCUAUGAAUCAAAUGGAUCUGUGUACUUUGACACUGCGAGGUUUGACACCAGUCCACAUCACUCAUAUGCCAAACUGGUUCCUGAGGCAGUCGGAGAUCAGAAGGCUUUGCAAGAGGGAGAAGGGGAUCUGAGCAUCUCUGCUGACAGAUUGAGUGAGAAAAAGUCUCCAAAUGACUUUGCCCUGUGGAAAGCAUCAAAGCCAGGAGAACCGUCAUGGGACUCUCCAUGGGGGAAGGGAAGACCGGGCUGGCAUAUCGAGUGCUCAGCUAUGGCAGGCUCCAUUUUAGGGGAGUCGAUGGACAUUCAUGGUGGGGGUUUUGAUCUCCGAUUCCCUCAUCAUGACAAUGAGUUGGCUCAGUCCGAGGCUUUCUUUGAGAAUGAUUACUGGGUCCGUUACUUCCUACACACGGGUCACCUGACAAUUGCAGGCUGCAAAAUGUCCAAAUCUCUGAAGAACUUCAUCACCAUCAAGGACGCCUUGGCUAGAAACACAGCUCGUCAGCUCCGUCUGGCUUUCUUAAUGCAUUCCUGGAAAGACACACUGGACUACUCAUCCAACACCAUGGAAUCAGCCGUCCAGUACGAGAAGUUCAUGAAUGAGUUCUUCCUCAAUGUGAAAGACAUCCUGCGUGCUCCCACUGAUAUCACUGGUCGCUUCGAGAAGUGGGAGGCAGCAGAGGUGGAGCUAAACAACUGUUUUUACGAUAGGAAGGCGUCCAUUCAUGAGGCUCUGUGCGACAACAUGGACACUCGCGCUGUCAUGGAGGAGAUGAGAGUACUGGUGAGCCAGAGCAACACCUACAUCGCCAACAGGAAGAACGCCAAGCUGAGGCCCAACCGCAUGCUGUUGGAGAGCAUUGCCAUGUAUCUGACCAACAUGAUGAAGGUAUUUGGUGCCAUCGAAGGGUCAGAACCCAUCGGUUUUCCAGUUGGAGGACAAGAUCAGAACGUUGACCUGGAGAGCACAGUGAUGCCGUACCUCACAGUGCUGUCAGAUUUCAGAGAGGGUGUCCGAAAAAUUGCCAGAGAGCAAAAAGUGAUGGAGUUGCUGCAACUCUGUGAUGUGGUCCGUAAUGAUACCUUACCUGAACUGGGAGUCCGACUGGAAGAUCAUGAAGGUCAGCCUACUGUGGUGAAACUGGUGGACAGGGAUACGUUAAUGAGGGAGAGAGAGGAGAAGAAGAUGAUGGAAGAAGAGAAGAAAAAGAAGAAGGAAGAGGCUGCCAGAAAAAAACAGGAACAGGAGAUGGCUAAACUCGCAAAGAUGAAGAUCCCUCCAUGUGAAAUGUUCCGUGCAGAAACUGACAAAUAUUCCCAAUUUGAUGAAACGGGCUUCCCCACUCAUGAUGCUGAAGGGAAGGAGCUCAGUAAAGGACAAGCCAAGAAACUUCGCAAGCUCUACGAGGCUCAAGAGAAACUGCACAGCGAGUAUCUUCAGACAAACCAAAAUGGAAACUGAUUGUUUUUGCAAACUAUCCAUCCGCUUACAGAAAACCUGCAGAAUAAAUGUCAAAGCCAGAGAUCCUGGGUCAUCGUUUGUCUCCUGUUCAUCUGUUCACAUGCAAAAAACAGAGAAAAGUGUUUGAGACAGUCUUUAUAUAAUCAAAGGGACUGUGUUGUUUUUCCAGAGACAAUGGAGGAAAACCAUAGUCAAGAAGACCUCCAUGUUUCCACGGCAACUUUCAUAAAAAAUGAAGUGAGAUUUCUAUGGUGCAGACCGGUAAAGAGCAACUGCUGGUGAUUUUCUGACUUAAAUCCGUAGCACUGCCGAUAAACAGUUUAAACUUAACUGCAUUAUGUCUGAAUGAUUUUUUUUUUCUUUUGUAUCAAUUAAAACUGAAUUGUAAGCACUGUUUUACAGCCAUGACAUCAGCAUUUUUUCUUGAAAGUGUGCCACUUCAUAAUCUUUUUAACAUGAUUGAAAAUACUGUAUCAUGAGGUUA